AUAAAAUCAGGGCAUCCGAAACCGGGGGUUUCGCAUCUUUUCUCACCUCUUGUGGUGUCUGUAUAUGCGUGCAAAGAAUUUCUAGUUGUUACUUUUUUUUAUAUACUCAAUAUCCCCAUACUGUGGUACUCUGUUUGUUCAUCUUUCUGCCGAUCGUUUUGAAACCCACACCUCUCUCUCUCUCUCUCCCCUCCCCACCUCACGACUACCACCAAUAUGUCUGGACCAGGUGUUGGUUACGAGUACCCUUCGACGGCUGUAUCAUGGUUGAAGCGUGAUGCGCUACUGUUCGCGGUCAGCAUCGGCUGUACGGUCGACGAACUACACUUUAUCUACGAACUUCAUCCCAACUUUGCCGUCUUCCCGACCUACUCGAUCAUUCUGCCAUUCAAAAAGACGACCCAAGAAGUGAUAGAUUUCUACGCCUCCCAAGAGUCCAACCCCAUCCCGGGAAUCCCGAAACUCGACUCCAGGCGGGUCGUCGAUGGCCAACGGUUGAUCCAAUUCCUCAAACCCUUGCCCACGAGCUCCGAAGGGCGAAACUUCGAACUCCGCUCCAAGGUUUUGGGGGUCUACGACAAGGGCAAGCCCGGCACCGUGGUCGAGACCGAGCAGACCAUCGUCGACAAGGACACGGGUGAAGUUUACACGAGGGCUGUCGGCUCGGGAUUCUUCGUCGGACAAGGAGGAUGGGGAGGUCCCAAGGGUCCCUCGACCGUCAAUUACCCUCCCCCCAAGGGACGUGAACAAAAGCCCGACAAGGUCCAUGAGACUCAACUUACACCCGAGAGUGCACAUUUAUAUCGGUUGAAUGGUGAUUACAAUCCUCUACAUGCCACUCCCGAACCGGGCAAGAAGAUGGGUUUCGGUGGCGCCAUCAUGCACGGCCUCUUCAGCUGGAACAACGCGGCCCACGCCCUCCUCAAGGAGAUGGGCGGCAGUGAUCCGGCCAACAUGAAGGAGUUCCAGGCCCGGUUCGCGGCCCCCGUCAAGCCCAGCCAGAAGCUCGUCACCAAGAUCUGGAGGACCGGGGAGAUCAAGGACGGGGUUUGGGAGGAGGUCCGCUUCGUCACAGAGGUCGACGGGAAAGUCGUCUUGAGCAACGGCCGGGCGUUGAUGAAGUGUGUAGACGGUGGCAAGAGUAAAUUGUGAAAACAAAGUCAGAAUUUUUUUGAGCCAUAGGCGAACACAAGCAAUGGAAUGGUAAAUUGAAUUCGAGGGCAAUUUCUUGGUUUCUUG